GGCAUGUACCCAUGUCAGCAGAUAGUGAGGAGAGGGAGCUGAAGAGAGAAGCGGCUCAGUGGCAGUAACAAAAGGAGCCGGAUCUGUAGGGAGAGGCAGUCGGGAUAAACUGAGCCGGUGUUGCCCGCAGGUAGUCGCUCCUACACACCGGCCACAACAUGUCAGCCAAGGCGAUAUCCGAACAGACCGGAAAGGAGUUCCUAUACAAGUACAUCUGUACCACGGCAGCCGUGCAGAACCGCUUCAAAUAUGCCCAUGUUACCUACGACACCGACUGGGACCGUCUGGCUCAGGAACACCCGUGGCUUCUUACUCAGCCCCUGGUGGUAAAGCCUGACCAGCUCAUCAAGCGUCGUGGGAAACUGGGACUCGUUGGCGUUAACCUCAACUUGGACCAAGUGAAGAGCUGGUUGAAACCACGUCUUGGGAAUGAAACCACAAUUGCUAAAGCCAAGGGGAUACUGAAGAAUUUCCUGAUUGAACCGUUUGUCCCCCAUAAGCAGGAGGAGGAGUUCUAUGUCUGUAUCUAUGCAGCCCGAGAAGGAGAUUAUGUGCUGUUCCACCAUGAGGGGGGCGUAGAUGUGGGUGAUGUGGACUCCAAAGCCCAAAAGCUGCUGGUUGGUGUAGGAGAACGUUUGACAGAGAAAGAAGUCAAGUCCCGCCUUCUGAUCCAUGUGGCCCAAGACAAACAAGAGGUCCUCGCCAGCUUCAUCACUGGCCUCUUUAACCUGUAUGAAGACCUGUACUUUACCUACCUAGAGAUAAACCCACUAGUUGUUACAAAGGAUGGAGUGUACGUGUUGGACAUGGCGGCCAAGAUCGACGCUACGGCUGACUAUAUAUGCAAAGCCAAAUGGGGCGACGUGGAAUUCCCACCACCGUUCGGCAGAGAAGCUUAUCCUGAGGAGGCCUACAUAGCUGAUCUGGAUGCCAAGAGUGGUGCCAGCCUGAAACUUACUAUCCUCAACCCACGGGGUAGGAUCUGGACCAUGGUGGCAGGGGGAGGAGCUUCUGUCGUGUACAGUGACACCAUCUGUGACCUGGGAGGGGUGGACGAACUGGCCAAUUACGGAGAGUAUUCCGGUGCCCCGAGUGAGCAGCAGACCUAUGACUAUGCCAAGACCAUCUUGUCCCUUAUGACGAGAGAGAAACACCCAGAUGGUAAAAUCCUUAUCAUCGGGGGAAGCAUUGCCAAUUUUACCAACGUCGCUGCAACCUUCAAGGGCAUUGUCAGAGCCAUUAAAGAUUUCCAGUGCCCUCUGAAAGAACACGAAGUGAUGAUCUUUGUGAGGAGAGGGGGACCGAAUUAUCAGGAGGGGCUUCGCGUAAUGGGAGAAGUCGGUAAGACCACGGGGAUUCCCAUCCAUGUGUUUGGCACAGAGACGCACAUGACGGCCAUUGUAGGCAUGGCUCUAGGUCACCGACCUAUCCCUAACCAGCCUCCCACUGCCGCUCAUACGGCCAACUUUCUGCUGAAUGCCAGCGGCAGCUCUUCGACACCAGCUCCGAGCCGAACUGCAUCUUUCUCAGAAUCAAGAACAGAAGACAUUACUCCGGCCAAAAAAUCCAAGCCAGCUAUACCUAAUGAUUCUACAGCCUUGCACGGACCGGCUACAGCCAAAGCCACCACUCUGUUCAACCGUCACACCAAAUCCAUCGUUUGGGGCAUGCAGACCCGAGCCGUGCAGGGCAUGCUGGACUUCGACUACAUCUGCUCCCGCUCAGAACCCUCUGUGGCCGCCCUGGUUUACCCUUUCACUGGUGAUCACAAGCAAAAGUUUUACUGGGGCCACAAAGAGAUCCUCAUACCGGUCUUCAAAAACAUGGCGGAUGCGAUGAGGAAACACCCCGAGGUGGACGUGCUCAUUAACUUUGCCUCCCUGAGGUCGGCGUAUGACAGCACCAUCGAGACCAUGAAUUACCCGCAGAUCCGUUCAAUUGCAAUUAUUGCAGAAGGAAUACCAGAAGCACUUACAAGGAAGCUCAUCAAGAUGGCGGAUGAGAAAGGAGUCACAAUUAUAGGUCCUGCCACGGUUGGUGGAAUUAAACCUGGUUGCUUUAAGAUUGGAAACACAGGGGGAAUGCUGGACAAUAUUCUGGCCUCUAAGCUCUACCGCCCUGGGAGCGUCGCCUAUGUGUCCCGCUCAGGGGGAAUGUCCAACGAGCUCAACAACAUCAUCUCCAGGACCACGGAUGGAGUGUUUGAAGGAGUGGCCAUUGGCGGGGACAGAUACCCCGGGUCAACAUUCAUGGACCAUGUUCUACGUUACCAGGACACUCCAGGAGUUAAAAUGAUUGUUGUUCUUGGAGAGAUUGGGGGCACGGAGGAGUACAAGAUCUGCCGUGGUAUUAAGGAAGGCCGGCUGACUAAACCAAUCGUCUGUUGGUGUAUUGGGACCUGCGCUACUAUGUUUUCCUCAGAGGUGCAGUUCGGCCAUGCAGGAGCUUGUGCCAACCAAGCAUCGGAGACGGCUGUGGCUAAAAACCAGGCCUUGAAGGAAGCUGGAGUAUUCGUUCCACGUAGUUUUGAUGAACUGGGGGAUGUCAUUCAGUCUGUGUAUGAGGACCUAGUUGCUAAAGGAGAAAUUGUACCAGCUGAGGAAGUGCCACCUCCCACUGUACCCAUGGACUACUCCUGGGCGAGGGAGCUGGGUUUGAUCCGGAAGCCUGCAUCUUUCAUGACUAGUAUUUGUGACGAGAGGGGCCAGGAGCUGAUCUACGCAGGAAUGCCAAUCACUGAUGUCUUCAAGGAAGAUAUUGGCAUCGGAGGAGUAUUGGGCCUGCUGUGGUUCCAGAGAAGGAUGCCCAAGUAUGCCUCUCACUUUAUUGAGAUGUGCCUGAUGGUGACGGCAGACCACGGGCCGGCUGUGUCGGGGGCCCAUAAUACCAUUGUGUGUGCCAGAGCCGGAAAAGACCUGAUCUCUAGCCUGACGUCUGGACUGCUUACAAUUGGCGAUCGCUUCGGGGGAGCACUUGAUGCCGCUGCCAAGAUGUUCAGCAAAGCGUUUGACAGCGGCCUUAUUCCCAUGGAGUUUGUGAACAAGAUGAAGAAGGAAGGGAAGCUGAUCAUGGGCAUCGGCCACAGAGUCAAAUCUAUCAACAACCCAGACAUGAGAGUACAGAUCCUGAAGGACUACGUCAAGCAGAACUUCCCGGCCACUCCUUUACUGGACUAUGCCCUCGAGGUGGAAAAGAUCACAACUUCAAAGAAACCAAACCUCAUCCUUAACGUUGAUGGCCUUAUCGGUGUGGCGUUUGUAGAUCUGCUCAGGACCUGCGGCACUUUCACACGGGAGGAAGCGGAUGAAUACGUAGAUAUUGGAGCACUGAACGGCAUCUUUGUUUUGGGAAGAAGCAUGGGUUUUAUCGGGCAUUACUUGGACCAGAAAAGGCUGAAGCAGGGAUUGUACCGGCAUCCAUGGGACGAUAUUUCCUACGUUCUGCCUGAGCACAUGACUAUGUAAAGACUUGAAAGACACUCCGGAGAGAAGGCGCGUUUGUGCUGUGAUCACAUGAUUAACACCCCAUCGGCGCAGGCUUUUAGCACUAUAGCCCCUGCAUCCAAUCAGUGCAAACUAAGUACAGUCAUAGCCGCUGUUUCAUUGUCUUAACAUUCUGAUAUAUAUAAAUUUUUUGUUUUUCCUUAUGUCCUGCUCCCAGUCCUGGUUCUGUGUUUAAUUUUAUUUUAUUUUGAUAUGUGUAGAGAAAACUGUGACAUUAACUUGUGUUGAGAGCUGUAUUUAUUAAAUGGGAACAGCAUUCA